AUGUCUUCUUAUCAACAAAAUCAUUAUAAUCAUAAUCAUAAUCUAUCUAUAAAUUCAAUGAAUUCAAUUAUUGAACCUACAACUCCACCAAAUAAUAAUUUAUCAAAUACUAAUACUAAUACUAAUAAUAAUAUUAAUACAAAUAAUAAUUUUCAAAUUCAGCAACAACAUCCAAAUACUCCUCAAACUUUUAAUAGUAUUUCAUCAAACAAUACCAAUUCUUCAUCAUCAACUACAAAUACUUCUUAUAAUAAUACUCAUAAUCGUAGUUUAUCAUCAAAUGGUUCAUAUUUAAAAUUUAAUACAAAUAAUUUAAAUGGAAAAUCAAUUUUAUGGGAUUCUUCAAAUAAAUUAAAUAAUAAUUUAAAUUUACCAAAUUUUAAUAUAGAUAAUCAAAUUGGUAUUAAUAAUGGAGGUAAUGGUGGUGGGAGUUUAAAUAAUGAAGUAAUUUCAACUCCAUUGAUUAUACCUCCUUCAUCAAAUAAUGAUUCAAUAAGUUCAACUACAUCUAGUCCUUCUUCACAAAUAUCUUCAUUUCAAAAAUUAUCAUUAGAUUCAAAUAAUAAUAGAGGAACUACAAAACAUAAUAUACAACAACAACCACCUCCAAUUAUUACUUAUUCAAAUGAUAAUAAAGAAAAUUUUUUAAAAAAAUCAAAUAAUGGCUCAAAUUUAGGUAUUAUUAGUGUUGGUAGCGGUACUAUGUUAAAUUUUGUUGGUGAUAUUAAUUCAACUAAUUCAACUUCAUCAACUCCACCAUCAUCAAAUAAUAACAACUUUUUGAGUGGUGCUGUUGGAUCUAACAGUGAUUUUAAUAAUAAUAAUUUAAACUCAUCAACUACAACUUCAAAUACUCCAAUUAUUAGAGUACCAACAAAAAUUGAUAAAGAAUAUCUUGUUUCGAUAAAUAAAUUACCAUUAAUUCAAUUAAAAACGGAAAUAUUAAAAUUAUCAAAAGAUCAAUAUGGAUGUCGAUUUUUACAAAAAAAAAUUGAUGAAACACUAAUUUCAAAUUAUCAAGUUAGGUUAAAUAAUUUUGAAAUUAUUUUUAAUGAAAUAUAUCCUUAUAUGUAUGAGUUGAUUAUUGAUCCAUUUGGUAAUUAUUUAAUUCAAAAGAUGAUCCUGUAUUGUAAUGAAUCAAAUUUAAAUUUAAUUUUAGAAAUUUUAAAAGAUAAUUUAUUCAAAAUUUCAAUAAAUCAACAUGGUACAAGAGCUUUACAAAAAAUUAUUGAUAACUUAAACAACAAUUUACAAUUGAGUUUAUUGAUUCAAGGUUUAAAACCUUAUAUUGUUGACUUAAUCAAGGAUUUAAACGGUAAUCAUGUUAUUCAAAAAAUUUUAAAUAAAUAUCAACCAAUAAAUUGUCAAUUUAUUUAUGAGUCUAUUAUAAAAGAUUUAUAUAUUGUUGCAACUCAUAAACAUGGAUGUUGUGUAUUACAAAAAUGUUUAAACCAUGUAACUUCAUCACAAUUAAUUGAAUUUUCAAAUGCUAUAUUAAAUUUUGAGAAUUUUUCAAAAUUAAUUAAUGAUCAAUUUGGUAAUUAUGUAUUACAAUAUCUUAUAUCAAUAAAUUCUUUAGAAAUAAACUAUAAAGUUUUUAAAAACUUUUUAAAAUAUGGUAUUAAAAAUUUAUGUAAUUCAAAAUUUAGUUCAAAUGUUGUUGAAAAAUUUUUAAAAAAUUGUUAUAAUAAUGAAAUUUUAAAUUAUGAAUUUGCAAAUUUAAAAUUUGAAUUAACUUAUCAAAUAUUAAUUGAUGAUUUAAAUUUAUUAAUUAAUGAUCCUUAUGGUAAUUAUGUAAUUCAAACAAUGAUUGAUAUUUUAAUAAAUCCACAAAUUGAUUAUUCAAAAGUUUCUAAAUUAUCAUUGAUUUUACCAAAUGAAUAUAAUAAUGAUGAACAACAACAACAACCACAAACUCAAUAUCAAAAUGUUUUAUUAAUUGUUAUUAUCAAAUAUUGGUUUCAAAAUUGUAAAAUUAUCUCAUCAUUUGGUAAAAGAAUUCAAUCUAAAAUUAAUAUAAUUUUGAAUAAUAAUGGAUCAAAUGUUUCAUCAUCAGCUACAUCAUCUUCCUCAUCUUCAUCUUCAUCUAAUGGUUCAAUAAAUAAAUUACUUAAAAGAGGUAGUCAAAUGAAUGCAAACGGUGAAUUUGUAGCAAGUGAUGGUGCGAUGUACAAGCAAAAUUUACAUCAUAAUUCAAAUCAACAAUAUCAACCUCAAUUACAACAAUUGCAAUCUUUUAAUUAUUUAAAUCAAUUAUCAAAUAACCAUCAACAUAAUGGUGGCAACUCAGUUGACUAUGGGAACCACAAUAAUUUGAAUUAUCCAAUAAAAAAUAAUUUAACUUCAACAAUUAGAACAAAUUCAUUACCAAGUAAUCUUUAUAAUUUGUCUUCAUCAACUUCAAAUUCAUCAUCAAAUAACAAGAUUAAUGAUUUAGCAAUUACAAAUAAUACUAAUAAUCAAGCUAAUGUCAAUAAUAGUAAUAACUAUAAUGCUAAUAACAAUGUAAACAAUGUCAAUAAUGUCAAUAAUGUCAGUAAUAUAAUGAAUCCAAAUGCAUCAACUGCAUCUAUUCAUUCAAAUGGAUCAGUUGCUCCAUCACCAGCUCAACAAAAUAAUGAUGAAUACAGCAAUAGAGCAACUCCAAAUUUAAAUGGUAAUAGUGUUGGUGGUAUUGGUCAAAAUUUAUAUCCUUAUAUCAAUGGUCCUCAUCCAAUGUAUCAUCCAUUUUUCCAACAACAACAUCAUCAUCAUCAUCAUCAACUGCAUUCAUCUUAUUCAAACUUAUACCCAAUGGCUCAUCAACCUGCACAACCACCUCAGCCACAGCAUCAACAACAACAGCAACAACAAACUCAUAAUCGUAAUUCAUCAAUUUCUUCUUUAAACUUACCUCAACCACAACAGCAACAUAAUAGCUCAGUUAAUUCAACUCCAUCAUUUACUCCAAAUCCAGGUUAUUUACCAAGUGGUUAUAACAAUUAUCAUCAAUUCCAACCACCUCAAUCACAACAACAAAUGAUGAAUAAUAACGUGGGUGGUGGUCCAAUCAAUGGAAUUACUUAUAACAGUAAUACUGUUGGAUCAGGAGGUAUUGACAAAACAAAUGGAAAUUCAAAUGGUUUAAAUGUUUAUCAUUCUCAUAAUCCAUCUUGGUCAUCUACUACAACUACAGCAUCAUCAUCAAAUACUCAAAUCUUAAACCCAUCAACAACUGGUAAUAACACAACCAUCAGUUCAUUCAAUAAUCAAACUUGGUAA